AUGUGCAGUUGGUUAUAUCAGCAACAAUUGGAAAAGCAAUAUGCUACCGGCCUGAUGCCCGGGGAAGGCGUCGUUAUAAAGAGAAGCAAGAAAAAUUUUGCAUGCUAUCCGCCAGAUCUUCGAGAAGUACCCUACGGAUUGUAUCAAAUGGCGAUGGAGCUGAAUGUCCGAUGUGCCAUGACAGUCAAUACCAGGGUCAUCACCGUUAUGCUUAACUCGAGGCGGACGACGCAUGACUAUAUCCCACUUUCCGAUGGUCUCCGCUUGCAGGUUCUCUCCUCCAUGCGUGACCUGCCACAAUGUCAGAAGCAUCAUUUCGCUGCAUUCAUCGAUGAUCUCAAGAUUCUCGUCAUCUGGGACGAUAACCCGAAGAAACUUUUGGCUAGGGCAGAGGCCUUAGAAGGAGAAUUAAUGAAAGUUAUUUGGGGUUCUGGAGUAAAUGAUGACGAACAAGACGAAGGGAAAGAAGAGAAGGGCGAAAAGAGCCAAGCUGCUGAAGUGAAUAUAACAGCGGUAGACUUAGAGGACGAAGGCAAGGAGGAACCGAGACCAACCAAGCUUAGCAGUUCGGGCAUCGUAGCCGUGACGGUGGCUCUUUGCGUAAGCUGCAUGGGCCUUGGACUAAGGGCUUUAGCAUUCGAAAUUCAAACCGAUGGCUCGUAUACUCGACUGGCACUUAUUGCCGCCAUUCCGGUCGAAAUGUGGGUGGCCUUCUUCUUUUUUCAGUCGCUGAUCACGAACCUUUUCCAAAUAAUAGGACCGAUAUCUGCUGUUGACAAAAACUCGAGGUUCUACUCCGGAAAGCCCCCGAUGCGACUUAGACGGGAGGUCAACCGUCUGCCUCAUGUAACUAUUCAAAUGCCUGUGUACAAAGAAGGCCUGAAGGCAGUUAUCGGUCCCUCAAUCCAAUCGCUCAAGAAAUGCAUCUCGACAUACGCGUUACAAGGCGGUUCCGCCAAUAUUUUCAUAAACGAUGACGGGAUGCAGCUAAUUUCCGAAGAAGAUGCCUAUGCUCGGCAGGAGUUUUAUGAGGAGAAUAACAUCGGCUGGGUCGCUCGACCAAAGCACGAUCCGAAGCCAGAUGAUGGUAGCCAACCCUUUCUUAGGCGGGGCAAAUUCAAAAAGGCAUCAAAUAUGAACUACGCUUUGAUGGUAAGUAAUCGCGUGGAAGAUAAGCUAGUUCAAAUACCCAGAUCCCCGGAUUGGACCGAGACCGAUGAACAAGCUGUGUAUAAUCAUUGUCUCUCCGAAGUCUUGCGGGAAGAUCAGGGCCGCACUUGGGCCGAGGGCAAUGUCCGCAUGGGCGACUACAUCCUAAUAGUCGACUCAGAUACCCGUGUGCCAAUGGACUGCUUGUUAGAUGCUGUUAGCGAAAUGGAGCAGUCUCCUCAGGUAGCAAUACUUCAAUUCACAUCUGGAGUUAUGCAAGUAUCGCCGUCUUUUUUCGAGGGAGGGGUCAAAUGGUUCACGAACCUUAUCUAUUCAGCUAUCACUUUUGUAGUGGCAAAUGGCGAUGCUUGCCCCUUUGUAGGCCACAACGCUAUUCUACGAUGGUCUGCCAUCCAGGAUGCCACCGCGUACCAAGACGAAGACGGCUAUGAAAAGUACUGGUCUGAGACUCAUGUGUCGGAAGACUUUGAAAUGUCUCUAAGCUCCAGUGUGCCGGGAUGGUUCUUUGGGUUUUACGACAAGUUUUAUAUUGACUCUUUUGCCAUAUACAUCUCGGUCAUCGUAGUCUUUACGGGGCUUGGGAACUUCUCACUGGCUAUCUUGAGGUAUCGCCUGAGCGAGAUGUCGCUCCUGGGGGCCUUCUGGAACAACAUCAAAUGGAUCCCGCUGAUGACUAUCUUCUUGGGUGGCUUAUCUCUACACGUCUCGCAGGCGCUGCUAUGCCAUUUCUUUAGUAUCGACAUGGUCUGGGGUGCAACAGCCAAAGAAAUCGAAGACGUCAAUUUUCUCGAAGAGAUACCGCGAUUGCUCCGGCGUUUCAAGGGCACCUUUGUCUGGUGCAUCCUCAUGACUGCACUUAUCAUAUGUGGCUAUUUCGCAUUCCCUAGCCAGUGGAGAAUCGUGCACUUGGCGUCUAUCUGGCCGCUCGCUUGGACCGUCGGCUGCCACUUUUUGCUACCCGUCGUACUGAAUCCAGCACUCAUGGUAUUUUCAUGGUGA